CGACAGCAACGAGAUGGCCACGGAGGGCUCGAGCCAGGCCAUGGUGUCCAUGGGCAAGGAGUCCAUGGUGCAGAUUCUGCCCACCCUGCGCACCGCCAGCUCUUCCCUCCGGGACGUGACGCCGGAGCGGCGGCGCUGCCUCUUCGACGACGAGACCAUCCUGCCCGACACCGCCGAGUACAGCUCCGACGUCUGCCUCCUGGAGUGCGAGGCGUCCAAGAUCUGGCGCGCAUGCAGCUGCCGGCCGCUCAACUUCCCCCGCAUCUCCGGGGUGAGGGGGAGGUUCUGCGGCCUCAACAAACUGGCCUGUCUGGCAAAGUACCACGAGGAAAAACACGAGUACAUGGUCAAGUCUCAAGUUCCGAGCAACAAGCUACCGGUCGAGCCCGCUCCAGCGGACGCCCUGUCCCAAGAGAAGUACCAGUCGUGCGGGUGCAUGGCGCAGUGUACGUCCGUGGACUACGAGCUGGAGACGACGACAUCCAACUUCGGGGCCUCCCGCUGGGUGCGCAGGAACUUCUACAAAAACCUGAACGCGACGAAUCGGAGCCUGCUGCACGUGUACUUCGACAGUCAGACGGCGCCGAAGUUCAUCAACGACUUGGUCAGCAACAACGUGCAGCUCAUGUCGUCGUGCGGGGGCAUCUUCAGCCUGUUCCUGGGCUGCAGCUUCAUGAGCGCGGUCGAGGUGGUGUACUUCUUCACCGUCCGCCUUUGGCUGCUGGUGCGGGGCGAGGGCGCCAAUCCUCCCACGACCGCCGGUCCUCCGGGCAUCUCCCCAAACGACACAAGUCCCACGACGGUGUCCCACGUCGCCAAGCGCCCGAAGGACGACGUCUGGGGAUGGGGGAGCGAAAAACCCAUCCGACCGAGAGUCUUCUGAAACUUCAGGGAGGAAAAAUCGUUCCUCAUCUUUCAAACCUUUCCCCGGAAUAAGGUGGACAAAUCAUGCAUCUACAAAUAUGAGCAUUACUUAAAAUAAAAUCGGAUCCUUUGUA